AUGUGGAAAUCAACAGCUACCAUCACGAAUAAAUCAAAUACUGUAGAAAACGCAGUUUCUAUUGCACAAAACAAUGAGGAUGACUGGACAUCUGAUCCCGAUUUUGUGAAUGAGAUAUCAGAAAAAGACCAAAGAUGGGGAAAGCAAAAAACUAUUGAAGACAAGAGUCAAAACGCUCAAAAAGACAUGGCAGAUUUGCGCGCCACGGUAGUUGCACACCACGAAACCAAGAUCAAGAGUCAGUGGGAGAAUCAAAAUGGAGCAUCUGUAAAGCAGAGUUACGGAGCCUCUGUGACGAAAUAA